UCAAUUCAGAGGGGUGAGUCCAGACAGUGGUUCCAUGGUCAGUGCUGUGGAUGUCAUGUGGAAUAUGAUUCAUAACAAGUUGGGAUAGUCUUUUAUUAGAUUAACACUGAAAAUCCUUGGGGUUCUGGAAGGCUGAUACUAUGUAACAUCAGGCAAAGUGACUGAAUCAUCAACACACUGUUUAAUGAAUCAAGGGACAGUAUCAAGUUGCUAAUAUUAAAACUAUAGAUGGAAAGAAAUCAAAGAACUUUACAAAUUACAGGUUUCAAUGGAAAAAAACUUGUUUUGAAGAAGGACAUUUGAGAAAGAAUCAUGUUGAAGAAGUGGUCAGGGAUUGCAAGGAAGAACCUUGGAAAGAUCCAGACUGCAAAGAGUUCCAGGUCGGUCCAUAGCGAGGAUGGAGCCGGGAACAGCAGCGGAGAGGAUGGUCCUGGAGCCAGCAGCCUGGAGAACAGUGAACCAGAGCUGUGUAUCCAGCUCCUAAGGAUUCCCUCAAUCAACAACUACACAGGACUGAAGAGGAGGAUCCAGACAAGCUCCACGGAAUGGCUGGAGGGGUUCCUGGAGCUGGAUGGACUAGGGGUGCUCCUGGAUGUGGUGGAGCGGCUCUCAGAUCGCGGUAUGAGCUUCGCGGAUGCAUACCUCCAGGUGGAGAUCGUAGGGUGCAUCAAGGCGGUGAUGAACUCCAAAACUGGCAUGGAUUUCCUGAUUGAGAGUGUGGACUUCACCCGGAAACUAGCUAGAGGUGAGAAUUCCUAAUGUUCUUUCACUCUAGAUUUUAUCAUUAAAUGUUUAUCUUGGUUACAAAGCUUUCUAAACUUGGUAACACUACAUAAAUGAAUGGGUUUAUAUUCACUUGUUCUACAAGCAGUCCAUCUAAUACCACAUGUAAGAAACUCUUAUGGCCUACUCUUAAAUUGGUCUAAUUUCCAUUUGGUCUACCAUAAACUUUGUCUUUUGCCCAGUUAGUCUAAUUCUUGUUUAAUCUAAUGGCCAGAUAGUCAACUUUACACUGAUAUUCUACAUAUUAUUUGUUACUUUGUGGAAUAAAAUUAGGUUUUAAUAAAAAGACCAUCUAACCAUGUAGACUAAGUGGUGUAUUAGACCAAGUGGAUAUUAGACAGAAUGGGUAACUUGAGAUGAGCUUAAAUGGAAUAGGCUAAAUGGCAAUUAGGCCAAAUGGUUUUGGUAGAUGAACUACUUGUAGGAAUAGACCAUGUGGGAUCAGACCAAACAUAAUGUAUAUUAAGCAGGUGUAGGUCAAUAGGAAACUUACCAAUGAAUAAGCCCCACCCAGCACUUAAUAUUAUACUUCAUUCAAUCUUAUUCACUAACAAAUGAAAAGAAAAUAACUUUGCGAGUUUUCAAAAAGGAAUCAGCUCCAUAGAGGUUUGUCAAACAAGAAAAGAAUUUCACAGGAGAAUUAAAUUGGCUUUUUUCAGACUACAAACCAUUAUCGUUGCCUGUAUACCCUCUAGCUAGACCAGGCCUUUGUAUGUUCAUGAAUACUGUGGGAUAUAAUUUUCUUGGUAAACACAGGUUAUUAAAUUUUGUCUUUCCAAUCUUUGUGCCAAUAUAUCACAGUGAUUGUUCAGUUUCAAAACAAAAGUAUGAGCAAUUGUUACACCCUCUGAAAAUAUUGUCAGCAGAUUCAAGUCAAUGCAUUAUUCCUGGAAACAACUUUGAUCCAAAUUUACAAAAAAUAUGGUCCAAUCUAAUUGACUUUUAUAAUAUGUUUUAUUUCCCAUGGUGUCUUGUGACCAAUGGGGUGACUUUGCUAUAAUUCCUAGUCUUGUGAUUCUUUUUCAAUUGAGCAAAUUCAUUACAAAUUUAUUCCAAAUACAUUCAGUCGCAGACAUAUUUUUUAAAACCAAAUAUAUAAGAUAACUAGUGCCAUUCCAAAAGACAAAUUUAAUUGUGUUUACAUCAGCAGUAAGAUAAGGGGGAUGUUAUUUCUAUUUUUUGUCAAUGAGAUGUUUAACUCAUGAUGUUUAAUAAGAAAUGAGAUAGGAAAGGAGACGAUUCCAUUUUGGCUUCCAUAGCCUUAUCUCAGAUACAUAGUUCACCUGUCUUUCUUCUGUCAAAUACAAAUCACGUUCAUUGUCAUCAUCACAAUGAAAAUGUAAUUUCAUUUCUUUUUCAAGAAAUUGUCAUUUUAAUGAGAACUCCUACAAAAUGUGAUUUUUGUGUUCUUAUUUGCAUAUUGCAAAGAUUUAUUUCAACCCCCGUAUGUCUGUGGACGUCCUUCAAACAUGUAAUUUAUGCUGUAAUGGAUCAAAUCAAGAAUCUAAAACUAAGUUUUGAACCAAAAUUUAAAAAACAUACUUUUGCAUUAUGUUAUGAAUGACAAAUAAAUUUCUAAGUUAGACUUAGCAUAAUGUUUUGGAAGUUGAGUUGACUGUGACUGCUAAAAAGUUAAUUGAUGUCUUUAAAGUUAUCACAAAGUUUGUCAUUGCAAAUUAUCUUUUGAAUGUGAACAGGGGCUUUGAGUGCUCACCUGUGCUUUGUGUAUACCAAUACCUCUUUUACUCCUCAGAUUGAAACCCAAGUAGUUGGUGCGCUGGGAAUAUCAGAGUCGAUUCCCAGAUACAUGAGAAGGGGUAGCUCAUCACGCUUAAGUGAUACAUUGAUAUGUUUAUGAAUAUCAUCCUCAGAUGUGUAUCAUCCUGAAUAGACUUUGACAUAAUGAUGCACUCUAAAUGCCUACAUGUCAUCGACUAUUCUAUCAGUUCUGAAGACCAAUGCCGAACCUGGCAGAACUAAGGUCUCUAACAUGAUAGUGGUUUUUCCACCGGGAUUCACUCCCAAGAUCUUUGUACAAGAACUAUUAAAAUGUUGAGUAAAAUUUUGACCAACAUUGAGCAAAAUAGGAACAUGAAUGAUUGUUUGGUAAAAUAUCAGAUUGAAAAAAAUGUUUCAGGGGUAAAAUUAUCACAAUGUCACGUAAUAUUUACACAGGAUUUAACAUUAUUUACCCAGCCAACAUGCAUAAUAUCCUUUACAUUGUGUAACAUUUUGACAGUGUGAUGUUGUAUUAUUAAGGUUUUCUCCAAUACUGUAAAAUGCUAGAAACUAUUUCACAAUAUUUAGCUAUCUUAUCAGAUGUAAAAAUACUGUUGUUUCAUUUCUUUGAAUAUUGCCCUCACAAAUUGCCCACAGAAGGUAAGUUUGUAUUUGCCAUUUUGUAAUGACAUUGGUAGGCUUUUAAAGAGAAUGUCAAAAUGAUUUCAAUUGCAAAUUUUUGCAUAUAUUCUUGCAAGUUAAAAGUAAAACUGCUGAAAAAGGGCAUAGAUAUUAGUACAACUACUGUGUUUCAGCAUAUCAAAAUAUUUUCAGAAUGCAAGAAUUGUGUUGUCUCUGGGAUGAUCUUGUUUUUCUUUGCUAUUCUUGCAGCAGUCUUUCAAGAAUAUACUUUGUAGACGAUAUUUUGCAUGCACAGAUUGCCUUUAACAAAACCUCUAUCACCUAUUUGCCUUUAUCUCAAACGUGAAUGAUGACAGUUGAGAUUUGAGAGAAACAUUACAAGAUCUUUCUACAUUUUUUUAUGUGUUUGAAAUGUGAGACAAUUUUCAAGAUUACAAAGGAACUGAUUUGUAUGAACAUAGUAGCCUUUAGCUCUAACAAUCUUCACUAACACUAAUGAACAAGUAGUUUUCACAGUUUGAUGUGAAGCGAUAUCUAAUUUUGGUACUAUUCACUGCUCUAGGGGUUAUUUUGUAUCCUUUUUUUUAGUGCGGGGGGGGGGGGGCCUUGGGGCUUUGAUGGAGAUGAGAUGUGUUUGUUGCACAAAUUAUUAUUCCAACCUUAAUUUCAAGGCAAAAGACAGUGGUUCAUUGAAUAAUGUACGAGAAUUCUAAAAAUUAUACCAUUUUGAGUGAUAUUUAAAUGAUUUACAUUAUAUUUUAAACAUUAUGUUAUAUAAAUCGAAUUACCGUUCAUGGCUGUUAUAUUUUUCUUCUUGUAAUUUUACGAACAAUACAAGGUCUAUGCACAAACCCCAAAAUUAAAACUAGGGGAACUGAGAUUGCAAAGUUAUGUUUUAAUACUCUAUAAUAGUAUGUAUGCACAACAGUUAAUUAAAGUUGAUAAUGUAAUUGUCCAAAGCAUUUAAAUAUGAACAAAUUUCUAACCUUGCUAAUUAGUUAAUUGUAGUUCAGACAACAUCAUAUUUUAAAACUAAAUAAUCUACAUGUAAUACUACUCCCAAUUGUAAGCUAAUAAUUUUUUUUCUCUACAUAACUGUACUUUAAAGAUUCUUGCUCUCAGUUGGUUGUUUUUGUCAAGCAAAGCAAUUUUGUCAUAUGUAUACAACUUGACAAUGAAAUAUUUUUGGCAUGAUUUGUGCCAUAUUUAUUUCAUGCAUUUUUAUAUGAAUCUGCUUUUAGAAUUAAUAGUUUAAUGCCAUCUACAUUGAAGUAUAUAAUCUGUGCAGCUACAUUGCUUGCAUGAAGUGAUACCUUUUAUAUUUAAGACGUACUUUAAUGUUUAAAAAUAAAGCAGCUGCCAGUAGUCUCCCUGCUGACAAUGAGUUUAUUUGAGUUGUUUAAUUAUUUUAUUGCGAAUUGUUCAUUAUUGUGGAUUCAGUCAAUCUUUUGACUUUUCUUGCUAUUUCACCAGUUUUAUUGUAGGCCUUAAUCCUGCAUAAUGUUUUUGCUGAGGACAAUAUGACCUGUUUCUUUCAUCCCCUCAUAAUGUGCAGAAAUAAUGUUUGUUUUAAUAGCUUUAAUAAGGAUAAUGAGUUUUUAUGUGUAGAUAUGACACCCUAAAUAACAACAGCUGGUAUUCCUUUUUUGCCCCUUGACUUUUGUUUUGCCCUUUCCCCUUCUCUUUCCAAAUAUUUGAUCUGCUUUUCAGUUCAAUUCAUAAUUUCAAUGUCUUGAAAUAAUGUUCCUUCAUUUCAAGGAUUGUGAAAAUGUUUUGCAUUGUUUUUUGUUUUGCUUGUUUUGACAAGGAAAUGGAAUGAAGCUACUGAAAGGUCACACUCAUCAUAAUGAUAUCGCUGAUAAAUUGGUGAAUGAAAAUAAAUUUUCUGUUCGCCAAGCACUCUGUUACUUUCAGCUUUUAUCGUAUUAACCUUUUAUGAAUUUGGUUUGAUGAUGCUGCUUCUAUACUCAAAUUGUGAUAUAUUUCCUUAACAACAUGACUGAUUUACACAGUACUUUGCAUUUUUAAGUAGACCUAGAGCUGAAUACAAGUAGACCUGAAUUUGAAUUUUUAUUUUGGAUAGCAUACAUUGGCAUGCAUUUGAAUCAAAAUAAACAUGGGUUCAUGAAUAUUAAAAAAUUGCUCAAUGAAAUUAUCAAGGUAACCAAGACGAAUGACAACAAAUAGGUAUAAUAAUCAGAAGAAUGAAAGUUUAUAUCUGUUACUGUUAGAUAUCCAGACUGUUAUCUCUUGAAAUUUGUGAUCAAAGUGGGGAACGAUGUACAAGUUUAAACAAAAGAAGUUAUC